UGCCAAGUAUCAAUAAGCAAUACGACAUCGUUUCUCCUCAGGAAAAGCUCCUCAGCGUGAAGCCGGGGGACGCUGCUAUCUAUCGUUCACUCGCUUGGACUCCAAAGCUGAACUGAACAACAACUGGAAGGAACGAUGAAGACGAGUACAGGAGUGAUCGCCGUCGUUGCGAUUUUGUUGUUCAUUUCAUCCGCGCUUGCCGUCUCGGAAACUCCGUUCAUUUUAGCUCACAAGAAGGUCAGUCUUACCGGCCUCAAAUCUGGAUCAGAACGUGUUUCUGUCUCCAUUGACAUCUAUAACCGCGGAUUUGUAGAUGCGUAUGAUGUGAGCGUUAGUGACAGUAGUUGGGCUUCACAUGUCUUUGAUUAUGUCAGUGGCAACACUUCGAAUUCAUGGGAACGACUUGACGCCGGUUCAGUUGUCUCUCAUUCUUUUGAGUUGGAGUCAAAAGUAAAGGGCAUGUUUUAUGGCGCCCAUGCUGUCAUCACAUUCCGGAUCGCAACAAAGACUGCGCUGCAGGAGGCAUACUCAACUCCAAUUCUGCCAUUGGACAUCCUUGCAGAUAGGGUUCCUGAUAAGAAGUUUGCCUUGAGGUUGUUGACCAAGUAUGGAUCCCAACUUUCUGUCAUAACCAUUGUUGUUCUGUUUGCUCACUUGAUUGCCACCCCUUCAAAAUCAAAAGCUACAAAGGGAAGGAAAAGGCAGCAUUGAGCAUUACAGUUGCAGAGUUUCAGGUUAUUAGUUUUAUCUUUUUGUCACAGAAAUCGCCUCCUAAUUUUGAACACCUCUGAGGAGCAUUUUUAACUCUUGAUGGUCAUACGAAUUUUCUAACCCUUCUUUUUACAUUUCCGUUAUGCUACUUCCUAUUUUACUCCUCUGUAGUAACCUGUUAAUUUAUCUUUCUCUGAGCCAGUUUUAAUUCUGAUCGCUUAUUUACUACGAA